AUGGCCUCAGCAAUGGUGGGCUCCCACGCGGAGGCGGCGCGGCGGUGCUGGGUGAGUGCUCUGCCCGCACGGUGGUGCGGCGGCGGGGUGGGCCCCAUGGGUGGACGUGAGCUCAGGCGAGUCCCCCUCUCUUCUUUACCUGUACGGCUGCACCAUGGGCUGCUCACUAGUGGCUGCUCCGGCGACUCCACAGCCGGAUCUGGUGCCUCCAUGCCCGAUCCGGCACCAACUCUACCUGGUAUUGCCAGUUAUUUGUGUGAAUGUUCUCCUUCUAUGCUGAAUGGCGAGCCUCAGGCUGUGAACUUACCUAUAGUCUCUUCCUCUAUUGGUGAAUGCGGGACUAAGCUUUGCAUAAAUGAGUUCAUAUACACACUGCUCAAAAAUGUAAUAGCAGCAGGUGUUGCAGUUGGUGUUGCUUUGCAUGCAGGUGCUCACCUGACAUGUGAUUUUCCCCGGCUGCUCCAUGCAAGUGAUGCUGCCAAUGAACCAAUGAAGCCUUUCUUUGGAGACAAAAGGCCACCAAAUUACUGGUGGUUUGUAAAGGGAACUGAAGGGUGGACAGGGGUGGUCAUGGUUGUACUUAUGACUAUAGCUUUCGUAUUGGCCCAGCCAUGGUUUCGGCGUAAUAAACUCAAGGAUUCUAAUCCCCUCAAGAAAAUGACUGGCUUCAAUGCCUUUUGGUUUACGCACCACUUAUUUGGUAUUGUGUAUGCACUGCUCGUUGUCCACGGGAUCUGCUUAUAUCUAAGCAGGAAAUGGUACAAGAAAACAACCUGGAUGUACCUUCCUGUCCCUGUGCUCUUGUAUGUAAGUGAGCGAAUUCUUCGGCUAUUUAGGAGCCAUGAUGCUGUUAGGAUUCAGAAGGUUGCAGUAUAUCCAGGGAAUGUUUUGGCUCUCUAUAUGUCCAAGCCACCUGGAUUCAGGUGUCGGAGUGGGCAGUGUAUCUUCAUAAACUGGCGUGCUGUCUCUCCAUAUGAAUGGCACCCAUUUUCCAUUACAUCAGCACCAGGAGAUGAUUAUCUUAGUGUCCACAUUCGCAGAAGGGAUAUGUACCAGGCAUGCCGUCCUCCAACUGAUGGAGAAAGUGGACUCCUCAGAGCUGACCUUUCCAAGGGGAUCACUGAGAGCAACGCCAGGUUCCCAAGACUCUUAAUUGAUGGACCAUACGGUGCUCCGGCGCAAGACUAUCGGGAAUAUGAUGUGCUCCUGCUCAUUGGACUAGGCAUUGGAGCCACUCCAUUGAUUAGCAUUGUGAAGGAUGUACUUAACCACAUUCAGCAUGGAGGAUCUGUUGCAGGCAUCGAGCCUGAGGGCAGUGGCAAGGCCAAGAAGAGGCCAUUCAUGACAAAGAGGGCCUACUUCUACUGGGUGACCAGAGAAGAGGGGUCUUUUGAAUGGUUCCGAGGGGUCAUGAAUGAGGUGGCUGAGAAGGACAAGGAUGGAGUCAUUGAACACCACAACCACUGCUCGAGUGUGUACGAGGAAGGGGAUGCACGGUCUGCCCUCAUUGUCAUGCUCCAAGAGCUUCAACAUGCGAAGAAGGGAGUCGACAUCUUGUCUGGAACUAGCGUGAAGACGCACUUUGCGCGACCCAAUUGCCGAAGCGUCUUCAAACAUGUUGCGGUGAACCAUGGGAACCAACGCGUCGGAGUUUUCUACUGCGGUGAGCCUGUCCUUGUGCCACAGCUUCGGCAGUUUUCAGCAGAUUUCACCCACAAGACAAAUACAAAGUUUGAGUUCCACAAGGAGAACUUCUGA